AAAAUUUGGGAAGACUAGCCUAAGCAAAAAUUCUUCUUGCUCACUUCAUGACAUUUCAUCAAGAAUAUGGAGAGAAGACUCCUCCUAGAGUGUAAAUAGCUGAGGGAAAGUCAGAGCAUCCUCUAUUUACCUCUGCACCUGUAAAAGAAAACGAAAAUGUCUGAAGCCCCACCUUUUAAGAGCCUUGUGAAACAAUCUGGGAACUGAGCCAAAUUCUGCUCUCUCACUAUAUAAGAGUUGGGAACAGACAGGUAUUUCCUCAGAGGCAGGUUGUUCGGUAGGUUCUACCGGACCUUCAGAAGAUGGGUAAAGGUGGUGGGACACGAAUACCACUGUGGAUAUCAAUACUAGCCCUGGUCUUCAUACAGAUCAAAGUUCAAGCCCAGGGUGGUGAACAACCAACAAAGUCAGAGUAUGUUUCUCCAUCUCUCCUGCAGCGACAAAAAUCUUUCAAAUCCCAAGGAGUGACAAUCAUUCCACCUUUUCAAAACGCACUGAAAGUAAAGGCUGGCAACCCCUCUCACAAUGGCCGUGUGUGCAGCACAUGGGGUAACUUCCACUUCAAGACCUUUGAUGGGGACAUCUUUUACUUCCCUGGGGUCUGCAAUUACAUCUUUGCAUCCAACUGCAAGUCUUCCUAUGAGGACUUCAACAUCCAGAUUAGGCGUGCAAUGGUGGAAAAUGCUACUGUGAUCACUCAUGUCAUCAUGAAGCUGGAAGGAGUUGUGAUCGAACUGACCCCCAGCUCUGUCCUGCUCGACAACAAACUGGUCCAGAUGCCCUACAGCCAUAUGGGAGUCUUUAUAGAGAGAAGUAACAACUAUUUGAAAGUUUCUGCCAAAUUGGGACUGACCUUCCUUUGGAAUGGACAAGAUGCCCUCCUGGUGGAACUAGAUAAGAAAUAUGCAAAUCAAACUUGUGGACUUUGUGGGGACUUCAAUGGAAUUCCAGUCAGCAAUGAAUUUAUUUCAGGGAAGACAAGACUGUCCCCCAUACAGUUUGGUAAUAGGCAGAAGAUGGAUGGACCCACAGAGCAGUGUGAUGAUCCUAUUCCUCCUACUUCUCCGAUGAACUGCUCAAGAGAAUUUGCCUCCAUCUGUGAGACAGUAUUAACCAGCAAAGCAUUUACAAGUUGUAACGUGCUUGUGAAUGUCCAGGACUACAUUGAAACUUGCAUACAAGAUCUGUGCCACUGUGACAGCUCUAUGGCUGACUUCUGCAUGUGCAACACCUUUGCUGAGUACUCCCGGCAGUGUGCUCAUGCAGGUGGACAGCCCCAGAACUGGAGAACCUCAGACCUGUGCCCCAAAUCAUGUCCAUUCAACAUGCAAUACCAUGAGUGUGGCUCUCCCUGCUCUGACACGUGCAGCAACCCAGAACGGUCUGCACUUUGUGAAGAUCACUGUACAGAUGGCUGCGUCUGUCCUCCAGGAAUGGUAUUUGAUGAUGUUAAUGGUGCUGGCUGCAUUCCCCGCAGAGAAUGCCACUGUACCUACGAAGGUGAAACUUAUGCCCCUGGUGCCUCCUUCUCAUCUAAAUGCAGAUCAUGUACCUGUGUUGGAGGUGAAUGGUCUUGUAUCACUCAGUCGUGCCCUGGGACUUGCAGUAUUGAAGGAGGUUCCCACAUUUCAACAUUUGAUGAGAAAUACUACUCCUUCUUUGGAGACUGUAGUUAUGUCCUAACCAAGCUCUGUGACAGCAAUGAAUUCACAGUGUUGGGGGAUAUCCACAAGUGUGGCCUGACUGACACUGAGACAUGCCUCAAGGGUGUUGCCAUCAGCCUAAACAGGGGACAAACGAACAUUGUGAUCCAGCCUUCUGGGAGUGUAUUUGUGAAUAUGAUCUACACACAGUUACCAUUCUCAGCAGCAAAUGUCACCAUCUUCAGGCCUUCAUCUUUCUUCAUAAUUCUGCAAACAACUUUUGGUCUGCAGCUACAGGUUCAACUUGUGCCUUUAAUGCAAGUUUUUAUAGACUUGGACCCAUCACAUAAAGGGCAGACCUGUGGUCUCUGUGGAAACUUCAAUGAUGUACAGACAGAUGAUUUCAAAACCACCAGUGGCGUGAUAGAGGGCACUUCAGCUGCCUUUGGCAAUACUUGGAAAACUCGGGCUGAUUGUCCUGAUGCCAAAAAUACCUUUGAGGACCCCUGUACUGUCAGCAUACAAAAUGACCAGUAUGCUCAGCACUGGUGUGGACAGCUCUCUGAUACCACAGGACCUUUUGCUGAAUGUCACUCAACAGUGAAUCCAGAAAUUUACCAAAAGACCUGUAUGUUUGACACGUGUAACUGUGAGAAGAGUGAGGAUUGCAUGUGUGCUGCCCUUUCCAGCUAUGUCAGAGCCUGUGCUGCUAAAGGAGUUGUUCUCACUGGAUGGAGGAGCAAAGCCUGCACGAAAUACACCACCUUGUGUCCGAAGUCCUUGAAGUACACCUACAAUGUUGAUUCCUGCCAACCCACCUGCCGCUCUCUGAGUGAGCCUGAUGUCACAUGCAGCAUCAAGUUUGUCCCAGUUGAUGGCUGUACCUGCAUAAAUGGAACCUACAUGGAUGACAGUGGCAAAUGUGUGCCUGCUUCUAGCUGUCCUUGUUACUACAAAGGAACACCUCUGUCUUCUGGAGAAGUUGUUCAUGAUAAUGGUGUUGUCUGCACUUGUGCCUAUGGAAAGCUGAGCUGCAUUGGAGAGAAGCCUGAACCAGUCUGUGUUCCUCCCAUGGUUUAUGUUGACUGUAGCAAUGUCACUGCAAAUGUGGUAGGAGCAGGAUGCCAGAAGAGCUGUCAGACUCUAGAUAUGGAAUGUUACAAAACUCACUGUGUCUCUGGCUGCGUAUGUCCUCAUGAUCAAGUGUUGGAUGGCAAAGGUGGCUGUAUUGCUCCAGAAGACUGUCCAUGUAUCCACAAUGGGAAUUCCUACAGUCCAGGAGAAUCAAUCAGAGUUGGCUGUAACAACUGCACAUGUAGAAAUAGAAAAUGGCAAUGCUCUGAGGAUCCCUGCCUGGAAACAUGUUCUGUUUAUGGAGAUGGGCAUUAUACCACCUUUGAUGGCAAACGCUUUGAUUUUGAAGGAGACUGUGAAUAUGUUCUGGUCCAGAACUACUGUGGUCAACAAGCUAUGAACCAGGGAACCUUCAGAGUCAUCACUGAGAACAUUCCAUGUGGCACUACAGGAACUACCUGCUCUAAGUCCAUUAAAGUUUUCCUGGGUAACUAUGAGCUGGUACUCAGUGAUGGACACUCUGAUGUCAUCCAGAGGACACCUGGAGGGAAAAUGCCAUUCCAAAUCCGUUCCAUGGGCAUCUACCUAGUGGUUGAUACUACUGUUGGUCUGAUACUCAUGUGGGAUAAGAAAACCAGUAUAUUCAUCAAACUUAGUCCCAGCUUUCAGGGCCAUAUCUGCGGACUUUGUGGAAACUAUGAUGGCAAUGGAAAUAAUGACUUCACGACUCGCAGUCAGUCUGUGGUAGGAAAUGUGCUGGAGUUUGCCAAUAGCUGGAAAGUAUCUUCUAGUUGCCCAAAUGCCAAUCGUACGCAGGAUCCAUGCACUGCAAACCCAUACAGGAAAGCCUGGGCACAGAAGCAAUGCAGCAUCAUCACCAGUGAAGUGUUUGCAAAGUGUCACUCACAGGUUGAACCAAAUGAAUAUUACCAAGCAUGUGUGGAUGAUGCUUGUGCCUGUGACACUGGAGGAGACUGUGAAUGUUUCUGCACAGCAGUAGCUGCCUACGCUCAAGCAUGUAAUGAGCUAGACAUCUGCAUAUCAUGGAGAACCCCAUCCAUUUGUCCUCUCUUCUGUGAUUACUAUAACCCACAAGGGGAAUGUGAAUGGCACUACAAACCAUGUGGAGCACCUUGUAUGAAGACCUGCAAUAAUCCAAGUGGGAAAUGCCUUCAUGAGAUGAGGGGUUUGGAAGGUUGCUAUCCACAAUGUCCAAAGAAUAAGCCCUAUUUUGAUGAGGAAACCAUGACCUGUGUUUCUUAUUGUGGUUGUUAUGAAGAUGGAAAAAAUUACAAACCAGGAAUGGAGAUGCCUUCAAAGCAGAACUGUGAAUCAUGCGAAUGUACAAUUCAUGGCAAAAAAUGCAGAUAUGAUGAACAUGAAUGUGUCUGCAUUUAUGAGGGGCAGAAGUACAACUACAAGGAUGUGGUCUACAACACUACAGAUGGCACAGGAUGGUGUAUUGUUGCAACCUGCGGUCCCAAUGGAACACUUGAAAGGUUUAUGCAUGAAUGUCUAACCUCAACAUCACCCACAACAGCAACGACAUUUCAUUUCAGCUCUACACCACCUACCACUACUUCCACAGUAUCACCAACUACAUCAGUAUGUGUUCAUGAAAUCUGUAAGUGGUCUGAAUGGUAUGAUGGGAGUCUACAAACCCCUGGCUAUGAUGGGGGAGAUUUUGAAACUUUUGAUGAUUUACGAGCAAAAGGUUAUGAAGUUUGUCAAGCUCCAAAGGCUGUUGAAUGCAGAGCAGAAAAAUUCCCUGAUAUACCACUGAAAGACCUUGGCCAAAAAGUAGAAUGCAGUACAACAAAAGGGCUUCUAUGUUACAACAAGGAUCAAAUUUCAACAAUGUGCAACAACUAUGAAAUCAGAAUCCUCUGCUGUGUUUUUGUCCCAUGCUCUACCACAUCGCCUUUCAGCACAUCAACCCCAGUCACAACUCCAACUCUGACAGAAACAUCUACAGAAACAACAUAUUCAGUUACUACUGAAAGUACAACAUUGAUACCUUCACCUACUGAAGAAACAACUAGAACAACAACACCUGUCAGCACACCUCCUUCAACAAUUCAUCUUUGUUUCAAAGAAAAAUGUUACUGGUCAAGAUGGUAUGAUGUCAGUUAUCCAGGGUCAGGUUAUAAUGAUGGAGAUUUUGAUACGAUAGAAAACAUUGAAAAUAAUGGAUACAAAGUCUGCAACUAUAGAAAGGAAGUGGAAUGUAGAGCAGUUCGGUUCCCUAAUACACCAUAUCCUCUACUAGAGCAACACAUAACAUGCAACACAGAAGAAGGGUUAAAAUGCUACAAUAAAGAUCAACUGCCACCUAUCUGCUAUAAUUAUGAGUUAAGAUUUAAAUGCUGUAUGAAUAUAACAGUGCCAUGUGAAACAACACCUGAAAUUCAGACCACAACAACACAACCAAUUAUAAUUCCAUCAAUUACAACGUCCACACAAGAACCAACGACAUUAAGUUUGCAAACAAAACACAAGACGACAACUGAAUACACAGUUGAACCGAAAACAGAUUACAUACACACCAGAAUAACAUCAAAACCAACGACACAAACCCAAAAAGAAACUACUACUACUACCGAAGUGAAAACAAGCACAACAGCAAAAUCUACAACAACGUCCUCCACCACCCCCUGUGAACCUGAAGUCUGCACCUGGAGCGAAUGGUUCGAUGUCGACUUCCCCUCCUCGGGGCCCAACCAGGGAGACUUUGAAACCUACCAGCACAUCCGCGCCGCCGGCAAGCGAAUCUGCCGGCAGCCAAAGCAGAUCGAGUGCCAGGCAGAGGACUACCCCGACGUGGCCAUCCAACACGUGGGACAGGUCGUGCAGUGCGACGUCCACUUUGGACUGGUGUGCAAGAACGAGGACCAGACGGGCAAAUUCAAGAUGUGCCUCAACUACAAGAUCCGCGUGCUCUGCUGCACCCCCAACCUCAACUGCUCAAUCCCCGUGAUAACAACCAGCCCCACCACCAGCACCCCGACCACAUUGAUCCCGUCCCCCACCACCACCACAGUCACCACCUCUACCUCCACGCCCUACACCUCCACCACCACCAGUCCCACCUCCACAGAAAUCAGCACUUCCACCAGCACCACCAUCCCCACGCCGACGACGUCUACAACAACGUCCUCCACCACCCCCUGUGAACCCGAAGUCUGCACCUGGAGCGAAUGGUUCGACGUCGACUUCCCCUCCUCGGGGCCCAACCAGGGAGACUUUGAAACCUACCAGCACAUCCGCGCCGCCGGCAAGCGAAUCUGCCGGCAGCCAAAGCAGAUCGAGUGCCAGGCAGAGGACUACCCCGACGUGGCCAUCCAACACGUGGGACAGGUCGUGCAGUGCGACGUCCACUUUGGACUGGUGUGCAAGAACGAGGACCAGACGGGCAAAUUCAAGAUGUGCCUCAACUACAAGAUCCGCGUGCUCUGCUGCACCCCCAACCUCAACUGCUCAAUCCCCGUGAUAACAACCAGCCCCACCACCAGCACCCCGACCACAUUGAUCCCGUCCCCCACCACCACCACAGUCACCACCUCUACCUCCACGCCCUACACCUCCACCACCACCAGUCCCACCUCCACAGAAAUCAGCACUUCCACCAGCACCACCAUCCCCACGCCGACGACGUCUACAACAACGUCCUCCACCACCCCCUGUGAACCCGAAGUCUGCACCUGGAGCGAAUGGUUCGAUGUCGACUUCCCCUCCUCGGGGCCCAACCAGGGAGACUUUGAAACCUACCAGCACAUCCGCGCCGCCGGCAAGCGAAUCUGCCGGCAGCCAAAGCAGAUCGAGUGCCAGGCAGAGGACUACCCCGACGUGGCCAUCCAACACGUGGGACAGGUCGUGCAGUGCGACGUCCACUUUGGACUGGUGUGCAAGAACGAGGACCAGACGGGCAAAUUCAAGAUGUGCCUCAACUACAAGAUCCGCGUGCUCUGCUGCACCCCCAACCUCAACUGCUCAAUCCCCGUGAUAACAACCAGCCCCACCACCAGCACCCCGACCACAUCGAUCCCGUCCUCCACCACCACCACCACAGUCACCACCUCUACCUCCACGCCCUACACCUCCACCACCACCAGUCCCACCUCCACAGAAAUCAGCACUUCCACCAGCACCACCAUCCCCACGCCGACGACGUCUACAACAACGUCCUCCACCACCCCCUGUGAACCCGAAGUCUGCACCUGGAGCGAAUGGUUCGACGUCGACUUCCCCUCCUCGGGGCCCAACCAGGGAGACUUUGAAACCUACCAGCACAUCCGCGCCGCCGGCAAGCGAAUCUGCCGGCAGCCAAAGCAGAUCGAGUGCCAGGCAGAGGACUACCCCGACGUGGCCAUCCAACACGUGGGACAGGUCGUGCAGUGCGACGUCCACUUUGGACUGGUGUGCAAGAACGAGGACCAGACGGGCAAAUUCAAGAUGUGCCUCAACUACAAGAUCCGCGUGCUCUGCUGCACCCCCAACCUCAACUGCUCAAUCCCCGUGAUAACAACCAGCCCCAACACCAGCACCCCGACCACAUUGAUCCCGUCCCCCACCACCACCACAGUCACCACCUCUACCUCCACGCCCUACACCUCCACCACCACCAGUCCCACCUCCACAGAAAUCAGCACUUCCACCAGCACCACCAUCCCCACGCCGACGACGUCUACAACAACGUCCUCCACCACCCCCUGUGAACCCGAAGUCUGCACCUGGAGCGAAUGGUUCGACGUCGACUUCCCCUCCUCGGGGCCCAACCAGGGAGACUUUGAAACCUACCAGCACAUCCGCGCCACCGGCAAGCGAAUCUGCCGGCAGCCAAAGCAGAUCGAGUGCCAGGCAGAGGACUACCCCGACGUGGCCAUCCAACACGUGGGACAGGUCGUGCAGUGCGACGUCCACUUUGGACUGGUGUGCAAGAACGAGGACCAGACGGGCAAAUUCAAGAUGUGCCUCAACUACAAGAUCCGCGUGCUCUGCUGCACCCCCAACCUCAACUGCUCAAUCCCCGUGAUAACAACCAGCCCCACCACCAGCACCCCGACCACAUUGAUCCCGUCCCCCACCACCACCACAGUCACCACCUCUACCUCCACGCCCUACACCUCCACCACCACCAGUCCCACCUCCACAGAAAUCAGCACUUCCACCAGCACCACCAUCCCCACGCCGACGACGUCUACAACAACGUCCUCCACCACCCCCUGUGAACCCGAAGUCUGCACCUGGAGCGAAUGGUUCGACGUCGACUUCCCCUCCUCGGGGCCCAACCAGGGAGACUUUGAAACCUACCAGCACAUCCGCGCCGCCGGCAAGCGAAUCUGCUGGCAGCCAAAGCAGAUCGAGUGCCAAGCAGAGGACUACCCCGACGUGGCCAUCCAACACGUGGGACAGGUCGUGCAGUGCGACGUCCACUUUGGACUGGUGUGCAAGAACGAGGACCAGACGGGCAAAUUCAAGAUGUGCCUCAACUACAAGAUCCGCGUGCUCUGCUGCACCCCCAACCUCAACUGCUCAAUCCCCGUGAUAACAACCAGCCCCACCACCAGCACCCCGACCACAUUGAUCCCGUCCCCCACCACCACCACAGUCACCACCUCUACCUCCACGCCCUACACCUCCACCACCACCAGUCCCACCUCCACAGAAAUCAGCACUUCCACCAGCACCACCAUCCCCACGCCGACGACGUCUACAACAACGUCCUCCACCACCCCCUGUGAACCCGAAGUCUGCACCUGGAGCGAAUGGUUCGAUGUCGACUUCCCCUCCUCGGGGCCCAACCAGGGAGACUUUGAAACCUACCAGCACAUCCGCGCCGCCGGCAAGCGAAUCUGCCGGCAGCCAAAGCAGAUCGAGUGCCAGGCAGAGGACUACCCCGACGUGGCCAUCCAACACGUGGGACAGGUCGUGCAGUGCGACGUCCACUUUGGACUGGUGUGCAAGAACGAGGACCAGACGGGCAAAUUCAAGAUGUGCCUCAACUACAAGAUCCGCGUGCUCUGCUGCACCCCCAACCUCAACUGCUCAAUCCCCGUGAUAACAACCAGCCCCACCACCAGCACCCCGACCACAUCGAUCCCGUCCUCCACCACCACCACCACAGUCACCACCUCUACCUCCACGCCCUACACCUCCACCACCACCAGUCCCACCUCCACAGAAAUCAGCACUUCCACCAGCACCACCAUCCCCACGCCGACGACGUCUACAACAACGUCCUCCACCACCCCCUGUGAACCCGAAGUCUGCACCUGGAGCGAAUGGUUCGACGUCGACUUCCCCUCCUCGGGGCCCAACCAGGGAGACUUUGAAACCUACCAGCACAUCCGCGCCGCCGGCAAGCGAAUCUGCCGGCAGCCAAAGCAGAUCGAGUGCCAGGCAGAGGACUACCCCGACGUGGCCAUCCAACACGUGGGACAGGUCGUGCAGUGCGACGUCCACUUUGGACUGGUGUGCAAGAACGAGGACCAGACGGGCAAAUUCAAGAUGUGCCUCAACUACAAGAUCCGCGUGCUCUGCUGCACCCCCAACCUCAACUGCUCAAUCCCCGUGAUAACAACCAGCCCCACCACCAGCACCCCGACCACAUUGAUCCCGUCCCCCACCACCACCACAGUCACCACCUCUACCUCCACGCCCUACACCUCCACCACCACCAGUCCCACCUCCACAGAAAUCAGCACUUCCACCAGCACCACCAUCCCCACGCCGACGACGUCUACAACAACGUCCUCCACCACCCCCUGUGAACCCGAAGUCUGCACCUGGAGCGAAUGGUUCGACGUCGACUUCCCCUCCUCGGGGCCCAACCAGGGAGACUUUGAAACCUACCAGCACAUCCGCGCCGCCGGCAAGCGAAUCUGCCGGCAGCCAAAGCAGAUCGAGUGCCAGGCAGAGGACUACCCCGACGUGGCCAUCCAACACGUGGGACAGGUCGUGCAGUGCGACGUCCACUUUGGACUGGUGUGCAAGAACGAGGACCAGACGGGCAAAUUCAAGAUGUGCCUCAACUACAAGAUCCGCGUGCUCUGCUGCACCCCCAACCUCAACUGCUCAAUCCCCGUGAUAACAACCAGCCCCACCACCAGCACCCCGACCACAUUGAUCCCGUCCCCCACCACCACCACAGUCACCACCUCUACCUCCACGCCCUACACCUCCACCACCACCAGUCCCACCUCCACAGAAAUCAGCACUUCCACCAGCACCACCAUCCCCACGCCGACGACGUCUACAACAACGUCCUCCACCACCCCCUGUGAACCCGAAGUCUGCACCUGGAGCGAAUGGUUCGAUGUCGACUUCCCCUCCUCGGGGCCCAACCAGGGAGACUUUGAAACCUACCAGCACAUCCGCGCCGCCGGCAAGCGAAUCUGCCGGCAGCCAAAGCAGAUCGAGUGCCAGGCAGAGGACUACCCCGACGUGGCCAUCCAACACGUGGGACAGGUCGUGCAGUGCGACGUCCACUUUGGACUGGUGUGCAAGAACGAGGACCAGACGGGCAAAUUCAAGAUGUGCCUCAACUACAAGAUCCGCGUGCUCUGCUGCACCCCCAACCUCAACUGCUCAAUCCCCGUGAUAACAACCAGCCCCACCACCAGCACCCCGACCACAUCGAUCCCGUCCUCCACCACCACCACCACAGUCACCACCUCUACCUCCACGCCCUACACCUCCACCACCACCAGUCCCACCUCCACAGAAAUCAGCACUUCCACCAGCACCACCAUCCCCACGCCGACGACGUCUACAACAACGUCCUCCACCACCCCCUGUGAACCCGAAGUCUGCACCUGGAGCGAAUGGUUCGACGUCGACUUCCCCUCCUCGGGGCCCAACCAGGGAGACUUUGAAACCUACCAGCACAUCCGCGCCGCCGGCAAGCGAAUCUGCCGGCAGCCAAAGCAGAUCGAGUGCCAGGCAGAGGACUACCCCGACGUGGCCAUCCAACACGUGGGACAGGUCGUGCAGUGCGACGUCCACUUUGGACUGGUGUGCAAGAACGAGGACCAGACGGGCAAAUUCAAGAUGUGCCUCAACUACAAGAUCCGCGUGCUCUGCUGCACCCCCAACCUCAACUGCUCAAUCCCCGUGAUAACAACCAGCCCCACCACCAGCACCCCGACCACAUUGAUCCCGUCCCCCACCACCACCACAGUCACCACCUCUACCUCCACGCCCUACACCUCCACUACCACCAGUCCCACCUCCACAGAAAUCAGCACUUCCACCAGCACCACCAUCCCCACGCCGACGACGUCUACAACAACGUCCUCCACCACCCCCUGUGAACCCGAAGUCUGCACCUGGAGCGAAUGGUUCGACGUCGACUUCCCCUCCUCGGGGCCCAACCAGGGAGACUUUGAAACCUACCAGCACAUCCGCGCCGCCGGCAAGCGAAUCUGCCGGCAGCCAAAGCAGAUCGAGUGCCAGGCAGAGGACUACCCCGACGUGGCCAUCCAACACGUGGGACAGGUCGUGCAGUGCGACGUCCACUUUGGACUGGUGUGCAAGAACGAGGACCAGACGGGCAAAUUCAAGAUGUGCCUCAACUACAAGAUCCGCGUGCUCUGCUGCACCCCCAACCUCAACUGCUCAAUCCCCGUGAUAACAACCAGCCCCACCACCAGCACCCCGACCACAUUGAUCCCGUCCCCCACCACCACCACAGUCACCACCUCUACCUCCACGCCCUACACCUCCACCACCACCAGUCCCACCUCCACAGAAAUCAGCACUUCCACCAGCACCACCAUCCCCACGCCGACGACGUCUACAACAACGUCCUCCACCACCCCCUGUGAACCCGAAGUCUGCACCUGGAGCGAAUGGUUCGACGUCGACUUCCCCUCCUCGGGGCCCAACCAGGGAGACUUUGAAACCUACCAGCACAUCCGCGCCGCCGGCAAGCGAAUCUGCCGGCAGCCAAAGCAGAUCGAGUGCCAGGCAGAGGACUACCCCGACGUGGCCAUCCAACACGUGGGACAGGUCGUGCAGUGCGACGUCCACUUUGGACUGGUGUGCAAGAACGAGGACCAGACGGGCAAAUUCAAGAUGUGCCUCAACUACAAGAUCCGCGUGCUCUGCUGCACUCCCAACCUCAACUGCUCAAUCCCCGUGAUAACAACCAGCCCCACCACCAGCACCCCGACCACAUCGAUCCCGUCCUCCACCACCACCACCACAGUCACCACCUCUACCUCCACGCCCUACACCUCCACCACCACCAGUCCCACCUCCACAGAAAUCAGCACUUCCACCAGCACCACCAUCCCCACGCCGACGACGUCUACAACAACGUCCUCCACCACCCCCUGUGAACCCGAAGUCUGCACCUGGAGCGAAUGGUUCGACGUCGACUUCCCCUCCUCGGGGCCCAACCAGGGAGACUUUGAAACCUACCAGCACAUCCGCGCCGCCGGCAAGCGAAUCUGCCGGCAGCCAAAGCAGAUCGAGUGCCAGGCAGAGGACUACCCCGACGUGGCCAUCCAACACGUGGGACAGGUCGUGCAGUGCGACGUCCACUUUGGACUGGUGUGCAAGAACGAGGACCAGACGGGCAAAUUCAAGAUGUGCCUCAACUACAAGAUCCGCGUGCUCUGCUGCACCCCCAACCUCAACUGCUCAAUCCCCGUGAUAACAACCAGCCCCACCACCAGCACCCCGACCACAUUGAUCCCGUCCCCCACCACCACCACAGUCACCACCUCUACCUCCACGCCCUACACCUCCACCACCACCAGUCCCACCUCCACAGAAAUCAGCACUUCCACCAGCACCACCAUCCCCACGCCGACGACGUCUACAACAACGUCCUCCACCACCCCCUGUGAACCCGAAGUCUGCACCUGGAGCGAAUGGUUCGACGUCGACUUCCCCUCCUCGGGGCCCAACCAGGGAGACUUUGAAACCUACCAGCACAUCCGCGCCGCCGGCAAGCGAAUCUGCCGGCAGCCAAAGCAGAUCGAGUGCCAGGCAGAGGACUACCCCGACGUGGCCAUCCAACACGUGGGACAGGUCGUGCAGUGCGACGUCCACUUUGGACUGGUGUGCAAGAACGAGGACCAGACGGGCAAAUUCAAGAUGUGCCUCAACUACAAGAUCCGCGUGCUCUGCUGCACCCCCAACCUCAACUGCUCAAUCCCCGUGAUAACAACCAGCCCCACCACCAGCACCCCGACCACAUUGAUCCCGUCCCCCACCACCACCACAGUCACCACCUCUACCUCCACGCCCUACACCUCCACUACCACCAGUCCCACCUCCACAGAAAUCAGCACUUCCACCAGCACCACCAUCCCCACGCCGACGACGUCUACAACAACGUCCUCCACCACCCCCUGUGAACCCGAAGUCUGCACCUGGAGCGAAUGGUUUGACGUCGACUUCCCCUCCUCGGGGCCCAACCAGGGAGACUUUGAAACCUACCAGCACAUCCGCGCCGCCGGCAAGCGAAUCUGCCGGCAGCCAAAGCAGAUCGAGUGCCAGGCAGAGGACUACCCCGACGUGGCCAUCCAACACGUGGGACAGGUCGUGCAGUGCGACGUCCACUUUGGACUGGUGUGCAAGAACGAGGACCAGACGGGCAAAUUCAAGAUGUGCCUCAACUACAAGAUCCGCGUGCUCUGCUGCACUCCCAACCUCAACUGCUCAAUCCCCGUGAUAACAACCAGCCCCACCACCAGCACCCCGACCACAUCGAUCCCGUCCUCCACCACCACCACCACAGUCACCACCUCUACCUCCACGCCCUACACCUCCACCACCACCAGUCCCACCUCCACAGAAAUCAGCACUUCCACCAGCACCACCAUCCCCACGCCGACGACGUCUACAACAACGUCCUCCACCACCCCCUGUGAACCCGAAGUCUGCACCUGGAGUGAAUGGUUCGACGUCGACUUCCCCUCCUCGGGGCCCAACCAGGGAGACUUUGAAACCUACCAGCACAUCCGCGCUGCCGGCAAGCGAAUCUGCCGGCAGCCAAAGCAGAUCGAGUGCCAGGCAGAGGACUACCCCGACGUGGCCAUCCAACACGUGGGACAGGUCGUGCAGUGCGACGUCCACUUUGGACUGGUGUGCAAGAACGAGGACCAGACGGGCAAAUUCAAGAUGUGCCUCAACUACAAGAUCCGCGUGCUCUGCUGCACCCCCAACCUCAACUGCUCAAUCCCCGUGAUAACAACCAGCCCCACCACCAGCACCCCGACCACAUUGAUCCCGUCCCCCACCACCACCACAGUCACCACCUCUACCUCCACGCCCUACACCUCCACCACCACCAGUCCCACCUCCACAGAAAUCAGCACUUCCACCAGCACCACCAUCCCCAUGCCGACGACGUCUACAACAACGUCCUCCACCACCCCCUGUGAACCCGAAGUCUGCACCUGGAGCGAAUGGUUCGACGUCGACUUCCCCUCCUCGGGGCCCAACCAGGGAGACUUUGAAACCUACCAGCACAUCCGCGCCGCCGGCAAGCGAAUCUGCCGGCAGCCAAAGCAGAUCGAGUGCCAGGCAGAGGACUACCCCGACGUGGCAAUCCAACACGUGGGACAGGUCGUGCAGUGCGACGUCCACUUUGGACUGGUGUGCAAGAACGAGGACCAGACGGGCAAAUUCAAGAUGUGCCUCAACUACAAGAUCCGCGUGCUCUGCUGCACUCCCAACCUCAACUGCUCAAUCCCCGUGAUAACAACCAGCCCCACCACCAGCACCCCGACCACAUCGAUCCCGUCCUCCACCACCACAGUCACCACCUCUACCUCCACGCCCUACACCUCCACCACCACCAGUCCCACCUCCACAGAAAUCAGCACUUCCACCAGCACCACCAUCCCCACGCCGACGACGUCUACAACAACGUCCUCCACCACCCCCUGUGAACCCGAAGUCUGCACCUGGAGCGAAUGGUUCGACGUCGACUUCCCCUCCUCGGGGCCCAACCAGGGAGACUUUGAAACCUACCAGCACAUCCGCGCCGCCGGCAAGCGAAUCUGCCGGCAGCCAAAGCAGAUCGAGUGCCAGGCAGAGGACUACCCCGACGUGGCCAUCCAACACGUGGGACAGGUCGUGCAGUGCGACGUCCACUUUGGACUGGUGUGCAAGAACGAGGACCAGACGGGCAAAUUCAAGAUGUGCCUCAACUACAAGAUCCGCGUGCUCUGCUGCACCCCCAACCUCAACUGCUCAAUCCCCGUGAUAACAACCAGCCCCACCACCAGCACCCCGACCACAUUGAUCCCGUCCCCCACCACCACCACAGUCACCACCUCUACCUCCACGCCCUACACCUCCACUACCACCAGUCCCACCUCCACAGAAAUCAGCACUUCCACCAGCACCACCAUCCCCACGCCGACGACGUCUACAACAACGUCCUCCACCACCCCCUGUGAACCCGAAGUCUGCACCUGGAGCGAAUGGUUCGACGUCGACUUCCCCUCCUCGGGGCCCAACCAGGGAGACUUUGAAACCUACCAGCACAUCCGCGCCGCCGGCAAGCGAAUCUGCCGGCAGCCAAAGCAGAUCGAGUGCCAGGCAGAGGACUACCCCGACGUAGCCAUCCAACACGUGGGACAGGUCGUGCAGUGCGACGUCCACUUUGGACUGGUGUGCAAGAACGAGGACCAGACGGGCAAAUUCAAGAUGUGCCUCAACUACAAGAUCCGCGUGCUCUGCUGCACCCCCAACCUCAACUGCUCAAUCCCCGUGAUAACAACCAGCCCCACCACCAGCACCCCGACCACAUCGAUCCCGUCCUCCACCACCACCACCACAGUCACCACCUCUACCUCCACGCCCUACACCUCCACCACCACCAGUCCCACCUCCACAGAAAUCAGCACUUCCACCAGCACCACCAUCCCCACGCCGACGACGUCUACAACAACGUCCUCCACCACCCCCUGUGAACCCGAAGUCUGCACCUGGAGCGAAUGGUUCGACGUCGACUUCCCCUCCUCGGGGCCCAACCAGGGAGACUUUGAAACCUACCAGCACAUCCGCGCCGCCGGCAAGCGAAUCUGCCGGCAGCCAAAGCAGAUCGAGUGCCAGGCAGAGGACUACCCCGACGUGGCCAUCCAACACGUGGGACAGGUCGUGCAGUGCGACGUCCACUUUGGACUGGUGUGCAAGAACGAGGACCAGACGGGCAAAUUCAAGAUGUGCCUCAACUACAAGAUCCGCGUGCUCUGCUGCACCCCCAACCUCAACUGCUCAAUCCCCGUGAUAACAACCAGCCCCACCACCAGCACCCCGACCACAUUGAUCCCGUCCCCCACCACCACCACAGUCACCACCUCUACCUCCACGCCCUACACCUCCACCACCACCAGUCCCACCUCCACAGAAAUCAGCACUUCCACCAGCACCACCAUCCCCACGCCGACGACGUCUACAACAACGUCCUCCACCACCCCCUGUGAACCCGAAGUCUGCACCUGGAGCGAAUGGUUCGACGUCGACUUCCCCUCCUCGGGGCCCAACCAGGGAGACUUUGAAACCUACCAGCACAUCCGCGCCGCCGGCAAGCGAAUCUGCCGGCAGCCAAAGCAGAUCGAGUGCCAGGCAGAGGACUACCCCGACGUGGCAAUCCAACACGUGGGACAGGUCGUGCAGUGCGACGUCCACUUUGGACUGGUGUGCAAGAACGAGGACCAGACGGGCAAAUUCAAGAUGUGCCUCAACUACAAGAUCCGCGUGCUCUGCUGCACUCCCAACCUCAACUGCUCAAUCCCCGUGAUAACAACCAGCUCCACCACCAGCACCCCGACCACAUCGAUCCCGUCCUCCACCACCACAGUCACCACCUCUACCUCCACGCCCUACACCUCCACCACCACCAGUCCCACCUCCACAGAAAUCAGCACUUCCACCAGCACCACCAUCCCCACGCCGACGACGUCUACAACAACGUCCUCCACCACCCCCUGUGAACCCGAAGUCUGCACCUGGAGCGAAUGGUUCGACGUCGACUUCCCCUCCUCGGGGCCCAACCAGGGAGACUUUGAAACCUACCAGCACAUCCGCGCCGCCGGCAAGCGAAUCUGCCGGCAGCCAAAGCAGAUCGAGUGCCAGGCAGAGGACUACCCCGACGUGGCCAUCCAACACGUGGGACAGGUCGUGCAGUGCGACGUCCACUUUGGACUGGUGUGCAAGAACGAGGACCAGACGGGCAAAUUCAAGAUGUGCCUCAACUACAAGAUCCGCGUGCUCUGCUGCACCCCCAACCUCAACUGCUCAAUCCCCGUGAUAACAACCAGCCCCACCACCAGCACCCCGACCACAUCGAUCCCGUCCUCCACCACCACGACCACAGUCACCACCUCUACCUCCACGCCCUACACCUCCACCACCACCAGUCCCACCUCCACAGAAAUCAGCACUUCCACCAGCACCACCAUCCCCACGCCGACGACGUCUACAACAACGUCCUCCACCACCCCCUGUGAACCCGAAGUCUGCACCUGGAGCGAAUGGUUCGACGUCGACUUCCCCUCCUCGGGGCCCAACCAGGGAGACUUUGAAACCUACCAGCACAUCCGCGCCGCCGGCAAGCGAAUCUGCCGGCAGCCAAAGCAGAUCGAGUGCCAGGCAGAGGACUACCCCGACGUGGCCAUCCAACACGUGGGACAGGUCGUGCAGUGCGACGUCCACUUUGGACUGGUGUGCAAGAACGAGGACCAGACGGGCAAAUUCAAGAUGUGCCUCAACUACAAGAUCCGCGUGCUCUGCUGCACUCCCAACCUCAACUGCCCCGUCUCCACUCUCUCAACUACCACCAGCACUUCCACCAGUACUACAACUGCUCCUGUUACUUCAACUACGCCAUGUUUCUGCAAGAUUGGUGAUUCUAUUUUUUCACCUGGUGACUUGAUUUACAACAGAGUUGAUAGUGAAGGAUGUCGUUUUUAUGCCAUCUGUAGCCCGACAUGUAAUAUUGAACGACACAGUGUGCAUUGUCCUGUCACUACUUUGCCAGCUACCACAUCCUCCGAGUGGUCUACAGUAACAACACCAGUUCCUCUGCCUUCCACCUCUACACGUCCUCCUUUUCAUGGUUGUGUUUCCACUAUUUACCCUCCUUUACAACCUGGAGAAAGAUUCAAAUUAUCCAACUGUACAGAAGUCGUCUGCAAUGGAGACAACAGUAUAGAUGUAGUACCAACGUACUGCCCACCAGUAAAGGAAAUUACCUGUGCAAACAAAUAUCCACCAAUGCUGGUACCUGAUGAAAAUGGAUGCUGUUACCGAUAUGAGUGUCAAUGUGUGUGUAGUGGAUGGGGUGAUCCUCAUUACAUUACUUUUGAUGGAACCUAUUAUACCUUCCUUGAAAACUGCACUUAUGUCCUGGUGAAGCAGAUUGUCCCCAGAUAUGACAACUUCCGUGUUUACAUCGACAAUUAUUACUGUGAUGCAAAAGAUGGACUCUCCUGCCCUAAAUCCAUUAUUAUUUUCUACAAAUCUGCAGAAGUGGUGCUGACUCGUCAACUCAUGAAUGGUGUGAUGACCAAUGUGAUGUACUUCAACAAAAAGAUUGUUGAACCAGGCUUCAAAAAAGAUGGCAUUUCUUUCUCCACUCUUGGCAUCAAUAUGAUUGUUGAAAUAGAAGAAAUUGGUGCUGUCAUCACCUUUAGUGGUCUGAUUUUCUCUGUCAAGCUCCCAUACAGCAAAUUUGGCAACAACACUGAAGGACAAUGUGGAACAUGUACAAACAAUAAAGCAGAUGAAUGCCGCUUACCAAGUGGUAAGAUCAUUUCCUCCUGUCCCCAAAUGGCUCAUCACUGGAUUGUUGACAACAACAAGUCAUGCCAUGGAGUACCAAUACCACCAGCUAUAACCACACCUCCACCAAAGCCGCAAUGUCAAACACCUCCGCUCUGCAAACUUAUCUUGAGCGAGGUUUUUGCAGAAUGUCAUACUGUGAUACCACCAGAACCAUUUUUCAAAGGCUGUGUUUUUGAUGGAUGUCGCAUAGAUGAUGAAUUCAUGCAGUGUUCCAGUUUGGAGAUAUAUGCUACAGAGUGUGCUGCUAGAGGUGUCUGCAUUGACUGGAGAGGAAUGACCAAUAAUACAUGUUCAUUCAGCUGUCCAUCAAGCAUGGUGUACAAGCCAUGUGGGCCCAUUAAUCCAGUUACCUGUGACCAAAGCUAUGAUCGUCCUGGCUAUGGAGUAACUGAAGGCUGUUUCUGUCCUGAAGGAAUGACACUCCUGCAUGCAGAGAGCAACAUCUGUGUCUCUGAAUGCUUCUGUAGAGAACCAAAUGGAAUGUCCAGAUGGCCAGGAGAAAAAUGGACAAAAGACUGCCGGGAAUGUGUCUGUGACAAAAAUACUCUUAAGGUGAAGUGUACAAAGCACGAAUGUUCUCUGACACAGCAAGUAUUUUGUGAAGAACCAGGUUACAUGCCUGUUCAGAUACCAAUACCAGAAGAUCCAUGCUGUACUAGGACUGAGUGCUACUGCAACACAAGCCUCUGCACUGACAUCACACCCCAGUGCUUAGAGGGACAGGAAAUAAUCACUAUAAUGCCACCUGGAAACUGCUGUCCUAUCUUUGAAUGCAGACAGGGCUGUGUAGUCAACGAAACCUAUUAUGCACCUGGAGCUGCCAUUCCAUCAGGCCCCUGUGAAGAAUGUACCUGUUCUGCAUCCUCUCCCUCAAGGCCUGACCACCUUAGGGUCACAUGCCAGCCUGUUAUCUGUGACACAUACUGCCCACUGGGCUACAAAUACACCGUGGAACCCGGACAGUGCUGUGGCACGUGCAAGGCAGCAGCUUGUGUAGUGACUGUGGGAGACAACAUUACACAUGUGCUCCAUGAAGGAGAACACUGGAAUCCACCUGACGAUAACUGCACUGUUUACACAUGUGAAAAACAUGCUGACCAGUUCAUUCAAGUCAUCAAAGAGGCAAGCUGUCCUGCCUUUAACUAUGAUGAGUGUGAUCCAGAUGAUAUCAGGUUAUCUGACGAUGGCUGCUGUUUAGUGUGCCGAAGAGUACCAAAACUUUGCAUGAAGUACAAUAUGACUACUGUCAUCAACUACAAUGGCUGUGUAUCUCCUGCACCUGUUGAGAUCACAUACUGUGAAGGCAGCUGUGAUGCUUACUCACGAUAUUCUCAAACGACAAACACAAUGGUGCACAAAUGCUCAUGUUGUCAGGAAAUCCAGACCAGCAAGAGGAAGGUGACACUGAUGUGCAGUGAUGGAACCUCCCUUGAUCACUCCUACACCUACGUGGAGAAAUGCAGCUGUGUGGGUGCUGAGUGCAUUACCCAAGGCAACACCCAACAGGAGACACAGCAGACAAAAACCUCUCAGGAGCAAGCAAAUGUCAAAAAUUAGAACUAGAGAGAAGUCCUCAAACAAGGGCUGAGCAUAAGACUAAAUAAAGAAACUUCAAAAAAUACAAAAGUGUCAAGAGCAGCUAAAAUUUUGGAUGAACAGAUGAUGUUUUCUGCAUAAACCCUCAGUCUGUCUGUCUACAGAAUUUCAGCUUUUGUUAUCAAUGUAUCUCCCAUUGGUUCUUACAUCUUUUCUUUUACACCUUGAGAGGUGUAAAUUCAUCUUGACAUUUUCUGUUCAUUUGUCUUCUGUGACAUGCUGGACUUUUAAUAACAUUUUCAUUCCAGUUCACUGGGAAAAAUCUGAAGGCAAAUCCAGAAAACAAAUCAAACCCAAGGAAAACUGUACCCCUCUGCUUCUACAUGUUUCUUGUUUUUUGUUGAGGAAAACUUAGAGGGCAGAAAGCCAUAUAUUUUCAAAAUUAUAAACUUCAAUAUUUUGAACAAUUUAUAACGGACAUAUUUCCCUACAGGUUUUUGUAAGGAAAAGGAAAAAUCCUAUUGCAAGAAGCUGCUGCACACUACUUUUUGUUUACAUAACACCAUCAGCAUAGUAGCUGUAUGAAAAUAUGGAUUUUUAAUUUUGUUUUGUGGUUAACUGUUUACAGAAGAAAUAUAUAUAUAUUUGCCAACAGAGGCAUAUGAAGGAAUUUUUUUAAACAAAAGUAUAAUAAUAAUAAUAAUAAUAAUUGUAAAUUCUUUCCUAGGAAGCUUUAAAAAGUUGGAACACUACUAUUUAUUACUUUUUUUUUUUUUUGAAAACUGAUUUAUUAGGUAAUUUUCUUUCAGAAUUAAUGUUAUCCCGUUUCUUAUUCUCAGUCAUGUUGUCUGGGUAUGGUAUAUUUUCUUUUGUUUUUGAAUAUUAUUUUAUUUUUGUUCCUUAAGACACGAAAAAAGCAAUUAUGAUUAAUAAAUUUUGAGCAUUUUACA